AUGUCCUCAAAUGUCGGCCUUUCCACCCCGCGCGGCAGCGGCACAUCAGGCUAUGUACAGAAAAACCACGCCUUCUUGCGCCCGCGCAACACCGGCGCAGGUGCACCAUAUCCAUCCCCUUCUUCAUCCUCAAAAGACGGAUCCGAGUCCUCCUUCAAGCAGCGGCAACCAGAUAGAGCUAUCCUAGAGCACGAAAUGAAGCGCGAGAUUGAGGUCAAGGUCCUCGAGGAGCGCGAACGGUUAGAGGAUAUAAAUGAGCGAGUGGAAGAGGGGAAGGGCAGAGAGGGGGAGAAGGUGCGAAGUGAGGAAGAGAUCGAGAAGAUCUGUGAUGAGCUGAGGGAAAGAUUGACAAGGGAAAUGGAGGAUAGGAAGAACGGCAAUGGGAGAAAUGAUGGGAGGAAUAGGGAUGGGAAGGGCAAGAGGGGUUUUAAGGCCUAUCAAGUGCAUGAGCUUGCGGAGGCGAAGAUUAAGGAGAGUGAGCGUUUGAGGAGGGCGCUUGGAAUCCGGGAUCUGGAUGAGCAGGGGGGCGGUGGUGGUGGUGGUGGCAGUAGUAGUGCGAGGGCGGAAGUUGAGAGGAGGAGGGAGAAGGAAAGGGAGAGGGAAAGGGAAAGGCCUUCCUUCACGUCCUUUCUCUGUAUGACCUUCUUGGCCGGCAACGGCCAGCCCGUGCUCCCUACUUCUCCAACCAAUGACGGAAUUACGAAGCAAGCUCGUCUCUCCGGUACGCCACCGAACGAUUCAAUUUUCCCAAUCGGCUUCCCGUACUCAAUGAGCGGCGUUCCGUGCGCCAGCGCCGAGAGCUGCAACCCGCUCGGCGUGACAAGCGGGUACAUCCUGAUUUUUGGCACGUCGCCCGCCACAACCGAGGGCACGGACUGCUCCUUUUCGUUGAUGUCUGACGUGCUUAUGGGGGCAUCACGGGACCGGAAGAGUGUAAUGUAG